GGCUAAAAGGUCUGGUCUGUACCCGCUCCCCCUCUGGAGGCGGCAGGCGGCGCUGUGAGCCGCGGAAGCAGAGCCACCCCCACCUUAGUUUCCCGCUGCCCUUUGCCUCCCGGCGGCGGCGCGGAAAUCAAAUUUCGGCGCCUGGCCCGGCCCUCAGCGCCGCCGCCCCCCGGGCCUGACUCCCAGCUCCAGCGGGAAGGAGGCGACAUGUCCAAGAAAAAGGGACUGAGUGUUGAAGAGAAGAGAACUCGUAUGAUGGAAAUAUUUUUUGAAACAAAAGAUGUGUUCCAGUUAAAGGAUAUGGAGAAGAUUGCUCCGAAAGAGAAAGGAAUUACCGCCAUGUCAGUAAAGGAGAUCCUGCAAAGUUUAGUUGAUGAUGGUAUGGUGGACACUGAUAGGAUUGGAACUUCCAAUUAUUUUUGGGCUUUUCCAAGUAAAGCUCUUCAUGCCAGGAAGCGUAAAUUGGAAGCACUGGAGACUCAGUUGGCUGAAAGUAGUCAGAAGAAAGAGAGGUUACAGCAAAGCAUUGAGAAAUCAAAAAUCGGACGCCAAGAGACUGCAGAACGUGCUGCCCUAACAAAGGAACUUGCUGCUCUCCGGCAGAAAAAAGAGCACCUAACGGCAGAAAUAGAGAGAUACAAAGAAUGUGAUCCAGAUGUUGUUGAAGAAAUCCGUCAAGCAAACAAAGUUGCCAAGGAAGCAGCCAACAGAUGGACUGAUAAUAUCUUUGCAAUAAAAUCUUGGGCCAAACGGAAAUUUGGAUUUGAAGAGAACAGAAUUGACAAAAGUUUUGGGAUUCCAGAAGACUUUGACUAUAUUGAUUAAUGUGAUACUGACACAAGUGUACAUAUCUUAUUUAAUAUUGCUCAGCUGACAUUUGUCUGUGUCGCUUUUCAAAACCAAACCAAACCAAACACCCCCUUGUAUUAGUUGCACUUUCAAUUAAUGUUAAUAAAAUGUAAACA